AAAGUUAUUGGUUCGAUGUUAGAAAUUGAAUUAGACAUUGAUCGCAAAUCAUUAUUCAACAUGGCAGAUAUACCUAGUGAUAUACGACAACAUUGUCCUGGUACUGAGAGUAAUGAUGCAGGAAAGUCAUCUAUAUGUGCUGGUUGCCCAAAUAAAACGAUAUGUGCAUCUGGUAUUACCAGACAAUCAGAUUCUAAUAUAGAUCUAAUUAAAGAAAGACUUUCUACUGUUAAGAAUAAACUAUUGGUAUUAUCUGGUAAAGGUGGUGUUGGUAAAAGUACUAUAACAUCACUGAUAUCCAGAUCUUUGGCAUUAAAUAAUCCUGAUAUAAAUGUUGCAAUAUUAGAUAUUGACAUUUGCGGACCAUCACAACCAAGAGUGUUAGGUGUAAUAGGAGAACAAGUUCAUCAAAGUGGAUCAGGAUGGUCUCCAGUGUACAUAGAAGACAAUUUGUCAUUAAUGUCUAUUGGAUUUUUACUUGCGAAUCCAAGUGAUGCAGUGAUAUGGAGAGGACCCAAAAAAAAUGGAAUGAUUAGACAAUUUUUAUCAGAAGUAGACUGGGGGACAUUAGAUUAUCUUAUUUUAGAUACUCCUCCUGGUACAUCGGAUGAGCAUUUAUCGGCAACUUUGUAUCUUAAAAAUGUUGGGAUUACAGGAGCAAUAAUAGUAACAACUCCACAACAGGUUGCUUUAUUAGAUGUGAGGAAAGAAAUUGAUUUUUGUAAAAAAGCGAAUAUACCAAUAUUAGGUGUUAUUGAAAAUAUGAAUAUUUUUGUAUGCCCUAAGUGUAAGGCAAGAAUAUUCCCAGCAUUAACGGGUGGUGGCUGUGCAAUGGCUAAAGAAUUGAAUAUAGAAUUUUUAGGUUCUCUACCAUUAGAUCCGCUUUUAACUAGAUGUUGUGAUGAGGGUAAAAAUUUUCUAACAGAAUUUCCACAAUCGCCAACUAUUUUUACAUUACAGACAAUUGUUCAAAAAAUAAUCAAACAAUGUGAGAAAAUGAAAAGUGAUUGUGAAAUUGAUAUUACUUGAAGAAUAAUAAUAAAGAAUAAUAAAAAUCUUUAUAUUAGAAAAAAAUGUAUAUCAAAAUGUUUUGUAAAUUGGACAAAACUUAAUCUAAUUAAUUAAUGCCUGGAAUUGUAUAUAGUUUUCUUUUCAUAUAAUUCAGAUUUCUUUUUCGGAAACAUGUUUAUAUUAAUAUUUGUGCAAAUAUACUAUUUUUUUAAAUCAUUUCAUUUCUUCUAACGAUUUAAAAGAUUUAACUUAAUAUUUAAUUUUUUUAUGAUUUUUUUGCAUAAUAUCCGAAUUGUUUUAUGAAGAUAUUCUUCAUAAAUUUCAAC